GAACGCCACACAUACGCAGGAAUCUUCGGAAUGAACGGCCAAGUCCUCCGCGUGAGUGAGCCGUUAGCGACUCAAUUCCAAACCGCCCAAGAGACAAACACAGUGCGAUGCAUCGAGGCCAAAGUCACUGGCGAGCAGCUUGUUGUGAACAAGGUGUUUCAGAUUCAUGAGGGUGUCCAGGCCGACGCCGAGUGGGCAAGCAUUCAAGCCGAAUGCUCCACUCCGUCGUUGGUCCUCUUCCAUAUUGCGACCUCGAAUGGACCACUCAAGUGGAUUCUGGUGGCGUCUGUGUGCGACACCCUUCCCGCGCGUGACAAGAUGUUGUAUGCUUCGGCUCGCGAUUGCCUCAAGCAGCAACUGGGCUUGGCAUAUUUCGUAGGCGACGUGCACACAACGAAUUUGUCCGCAUUCACGUACCGCGACGUUGUGUCCACGAUGCACACGACGACCGGACCGUUGAGCGAUCGCGAAGUUCUCUUGAAGGAGGAAGCGCUCCUUGAACGCGAUUUGUCGGUCAAGUCGAGUGCGAUGAACGUCCUGCCCUUUGGCAUGUCGGCAGCAUGCGAUACCGCGUUGAUCGCAUUCUCGAAAAAAGGAACGAGUUCGACUUGGCUAAGCAUGCGCAUGACCAACGAGGAGCUGGUCGUGGAUGCAUCGGUUCAUAUCACUCGCGACGACCAGAUCAACGCCCUCGUCGAUAAGGAGCAGCCCAGCUUUGUGCUGUACCGCAGCCUUGUCGAUGACCCAACCCCCACCACCUGUACCGUACAGUUACUGUACAUUGAUUCGAAUGUUGCUUUAUGACGCUGUUUAGUCUUUGUGUACAUUUGCCCCGAAGCGGCCAACGUGCGCCUCAAGAUGACAUACUCGACUGCCAAAGCAUCGCUCUUGCACGACUUGCAGCGGCGUGGCAUCCUAGUCGACAGCACGAUUGAAGUGACCGAUGCUUGGAAUGUCCUGGAAGCCCUUCAAGGGAACUCCAGCAAACACGAACACGAUGAUGGACACCCGAAAGUGUUUGCUCGUCCGGCGGCCCCAGGACGCGGGCGGGCGCGAGGCCGCCGCAGUUAACUUGCAUAUGGAAAGAACCCCAGCGUUGACUAGUUUAUACAACCACUCGUUUAUCGUUUGCC